CCUCUCAGUCUUCAGACUAGCCUCCAUUCUUUGUUGAGGAGCAUUAAGAAUCCCUAUCUUUCCCAACAACUGAAACACACACACACACACAGUGAAAAUCAUGAUGCUGAGAAGCUCUUCAACGCCAGUUCUUGGAUCUCUUCUGCAAUCAUUCUCGGAUUCCUCCAACAACAGCAGCAACAGCCAACACCAAUCUGAGCUACACAAGCAAGCCAAAAUCUCAUGUCAAUGUAGCAGCAACGGAGGAGGAUCUCAGGAUUUCAAAAAAUCCCUAAUUCAUAAAUCGCCUUCAUCAUCCGAUAUCAAAGUCGGCAGCGGCGGCGGAUUCCGACGCGCUCAAUCCGAUGGAAAUCUGGAACGAUUGGGCGGUGAUGCCUCUUCGUACAGUUUCGAUGAUUUCAAUCCGCCGAAGAGAUCGACGCGGAGGACUUCAUUGGAGGCGAUUCCUUCGUUCUCAGCCAACAAUCUGUGGACUUCUUUCGAAGACGACGAAGACGAUUACGAAGGGAUUGAUGCUGAUGGGGAAAUUGGUGGUGGACUCGAUUACAAUCCAGUGAGAGCUGAACAGAUGGUAUUUGAAAAGGUGUCGAGGAAUGCGAUUGCUUAUGGUAGUGAGGGUUUGGGAUCGCAGAGUGAGGGGAAGAUGUACCUUGCGUCAGGGAUCGGAGUGUCGGGUGUUGAUUUCGCUGGCCGUGGAGGCGGCGGUGGUGGCAGAGGAAGCUACAAGCCGGAGGAUUUUGAUAAGGAGGGCGGCGGCGUGGAGGAGCAUUACAAGAGAAUGUUGGAACAAAAUCCGGGCGAUCCAUUGUUUCUCCGAAACUAUGCAGAGUUCUUGUAUAAGAUAAAGGGAGAUGUAGGGGCCGCUGAAGAGUAUUAUGCAAGGGCGAUAUUAGCAGAUCAAGAAGAUGGAGAAACUCUGUCACAAUAUGCUAAAAUAAUAUGGGAGGUGCAUCAUGAUAGAGACAGAGCUGCAAACUAUUUCCAAAGAGCACUUGAAGCCUCAUCACAGAACAGCCAUAUACAUGCGGCCUACGCGAAUUUCCUCUGGGAUGCGGGGGAUGAGGAUGAGGAUGAGGACGAGGUUGAAGAAAACAUGGCUGGCAGUCAGCCAUUCUUGCACCAAGGAGUCAUGGCUUCUGCAACAGCAUAGAUUAGCAGUCAAUUGAUGCAAAGUUGCAAACACAUCAGAAGUAGAGGCUGAUCAGAAUUGAAUGUCCCAAAUUGUAAUGAGAAUAGGUCUUGUGUGUUGUUAGUUACUUGGGGAAACUUGCUAAGUAGAUAAUAUAUGCUCCAGUCCACACAAUUGGAAGAUAAGUAUGUAAAUUUGGCAAUUGGCUUAAUUGAAGGGAAAUUUGUGGUUA